AACGUUCUGUAUCCCCCAACAAAGGUUGAACAGAUUGUGAAUACCGCCCUGAUCGUCUUCCUGAAUGCCCUGACUAUCCACACCGAACUCACCUCCAUAUGGACCCUUCAUCGCCGAGCAUUCACUGCCAAGUUCCGCGAGGCUCAAUUCGAAGCAAGAACAGAUGGAUACUUGCACGAUCGCGAGGGGAAGCCAAGCGUCAUCAUCGAUGUCAAACCAGUUUCAAGAUCUGGCAACCCUGCCAUAAUUCAGAUGCAGGAGAGCGCACAAAUGGUCGCUUGGAUUUUGAGUGAUGAUGAUAUGAAAACUAGGCGGGUCCAUAUCGCGCAGGAUCGACACGAAAUCUAUGUGACCGUGGCCGAGUACAACGACCACUAUCUAGUGUAUCUAAACGGCACCGACGUCUUAUCAACUCCCCCGGAAGAUGAUACAUCGUUUCUCAAGAUGCACCAAUAUGGUCCGUGGAAUACAUUGGAUGUCACGCACGUACGUGAGCUAGGAAAGCUUCUGCUUGCAAUCACGUCGAGAGCAGAAGAUGAGUACAGACGAAACUGA